UCACCCAUGGGCUCCCCUCAGUGUGAGCUCGUUUCAUUGCUUCGUCCUGUUCUUCUAACGACCAUCAUGGAAAAUCUCAUCCCUUCAAAACAAGUAGAGGACGCUUCUUGCAACACAAUACAGUCCUCUGAACUGAAUGAAGACACCACAGAGGUCCUGGGUUCAACAGGACAGUGUGAAGACUCUGUCAAUGGACAGACAACCACAGUUGACACAAAUCCAAGAAGAACACGGAUGAAGAAAGUCCGGGACUUCUUCAGAGGAGUGUGGCAGAGGGUCAGACGACUUUUCAGCAGACGAUCCAGUUCCAGCAAUGUUUUGAAUGUGGACAAUCUGCUGGAUUUAGUUGAAAGGGUCCAAAGUAUAUUAGUGGAGGAACUUAAGGACAACCUGUAUCCUCCACUGACAGAGUUUGUAAACAAUCAAUUUCCAUGUACAUCCACUAGUUCAAACCAGACCAGGGACCAUAAUGAGCCUGGACCCUGUGGAACCAGUCCCACUAAAGAUCAGCAGCUUGAAACAGAGCUACGAGGGGAAAACUUGCCACCUAAUAACACAGACACCACUGUGGACGGUAUGGACCUGAGGGGUCGUGUGAGGCAGGUCCUGUUCAGUAGUGCCAGCAGCACACAGCAAGAUAAAGUCAGUCAGGAACCAUCAGUUAAAACAAUGACUGAAUCUCUUGCUGGAGUGCUCUGCCAGCACCUGCAGGAUAAAGUUACACCACUGCUCCAGAAUGUAAAACACCUACUGGAAUGCAGAAUUUCUCAAGACGACUGUUUUCCUACACCAUGUGGCUGCAAAGAUUUUGUAUUAGAUUUAUUUCUAAAUUUGCUCAAGGCCACAAAUUCCUUAAGUCCAGAGGAGCUAUCGCUCUUCUACAAUAUCCUUCUGCACACUGUAUUGGACAAAACAGUGACGCAAUUGCUGGCUAAGGGAUUUGAGGUAAAAGGGUCACCCAUAAACUCCCCUCAGAGUGAGCUCGUUUCAUUUCUGCAUCCUUUAAUUUUAAUUACAAUCAUGGACAAUCUUGUCCCAUCAAAACAAGGUAAAGUUUUUCUUUCUCACUAUGUGUUCACUAUGGUGACGGUAUAUUUUGUAUCAUUGUUUUGAAAAGCAUUUUUAAUCCCGUGUAUCAUUGUUUGAACAGCAUUUUAAAUCAUGUUUCUGUGUGAUUUCAGUAGAGGAUGCUUCUUGCAACACCACCACAGAGGUCCUGAGUUCAACAGAAAUAUCUGUAGAUCCUGUUGAUGAAUUCCCAAUUCAAUGCACAAAACCAAGAAGGAAAAGAAUGAAACAGGUCCAGGACUUCUUUAGAGGAGUGAGCCAGACAAUCAGACGACCUCUCAGCAGACGAUUCCAUUCCAGCUGAAUCCACAAUGCUGAUUCAUUUUCAAUUUUAGUUCUAUUUAGCAAUUAAACAUAGUAAGAGACGUUCUAAAUAAUACUAAAGUGAGUGUAGCUGCACACUUUCCAAUUGGUAUACUGAAUUUACUAGGUUUUUCAUAAGUGAACAGACAGGGAUGAGAUUGUUUAACUAUCUCUCUGGCUAUAGUUCAUUACUUACUGAUUGCUUAUAUGUAUCUCAACAAUCUGAUUAGUUUUGAAGUGAUUUGGGUGAAAGUAUUCCUUUUGUGGGACUUGAGCUCCUCUAAUUAUUGGAUUGUUUGUGGGCUAAGUUAUUUGAAUGGGUUUAAUUACAGUAGACCAAAACUGAUCAGUUUAAAACUUUUCAUGUUCCCUUUUGCCACUUUACUUUAGUAUUAUUCAAAACUUUUUCUUGUUAUA